AUGAGUUACCCUCGAACCCCAUUCAUAGGCCAACUGGACAGCUUCUUCUGUCCCAACGAUGAUGACAUAUCCGCAAUCCAAACCCUCAUUUCCGAGCCUCGAGCUCGAUUGGUCCAAAUCAACAUGGAUAUCACAAAAACUAUGACAGUACUGAAGGACCUCGAGAAGCAGCGACGUUCUCUCCGUCGUUACAUAUUCUCACACGAAUCUCUCCUCGCGCCGAUUCGGCGCCUCCCGCCAUAUCUUCUCCAAGAAAUUUUUCUUGCUUGCCUCCCCACGGAACAUAACGCUGUUUUUGACAUAUCUGCGGCACCGCUGCUUUUCGGGACAGUCUGUCGCUAUUGGCGCAAGCUAUCGCACGAGACUCCGCUACUAUGGAGUAGCUUUUUUGCUAGCGGCGAUCCCCGUUCAGGCUACUAUCCUCGUCACAACUUGAAUCCGCUACGACAGAACUCGAGCUUGAAUUUCAAUGCCAAUGCCCCAUCGUUUGGCGAAAUGCUUGAUCGGUGGUUUUCUCGUGCCGGUUCCAGUCCGAUUCGUAUCUCUUAUAAAGAGCGGCAUGUACGCCGGGCAUGGGCCGCCGAGGCCGGGGAUGCCCUCAUGACCAGCGAUGAUCAACAUGGCUUCAACGCAACUAUGUUGCGAGCGAUACUCAACAUACGCAGUCGUAUUGAAAGUCUCGAUGUAUGGAGCGGCGGCGGCAAUACAAUACUUCUCGAGUCGCUCUUAUCACAGCAACCAGAAUCAAUGCCUGCACUAAAGCAUGCUCGCUUUGUUUGCGAUACUGCUGUCGCAGUUGGUAGUGGGCCGGCCGCGGCGCAAGGUCUCCAAGUCGGAGUCUUCGAAAAGUCUGUCAUUCUCCAAAACCUCAAUCUCAAGUCCAUAUGUCUCGUUGGUCCUGGCAACCCACUAGAAAUCCCGCUUCCAUGGAGCCACCUAUCUGUGCUUAGACUUGUCUGUAAACCUCUCAGACACAGUUCUCCUGCCCUAUUGGGUGGAUUGGACCUUAGCGGAGCGCACCAGAUCCUCGCCCGGUGUCCUCGUUUGAUCUGCUGCGACAUCGCAAUCACUCAAGGGGGUGAUUUGACUCGUGCCUGUCGAGUGGCACUUUUGUCUUUGGAGGAACUAUUCUUGGGCUCCAUGAUGGAGCAGCGUAUUCUGUCAUUCAUUGUGCAGUCAUUGGAGGUCGAACCCCUCUUGCAUCUCCUUGACAUGCCGAAACUACGAGCAUUUGGAGUUGGUGCCAGUACCGCUCACGAGAUCUGCCCGCGAUCCCUACUGUUGCCCGGAGAACAAGUUACGGAGUUCAACACCAGCUUCAUCUCCCUGUCCUCAAUACUUGAAGCGCUGCGAGAGGUGCCGCAAACAACCACUCUGCGUUUGAUCGCACACGACGGCGAUGUUUUUAGCGGCUGGGGUCCCAGCUAUGCGACCUUUUUCCAGAACACCGAGAGUGAGCAACUGGUCCCCCGACUGCGGCAUCUAUAUAUCGAAGUAAAAGCUUCCAGCCUAGAGGCAGCUCGGACCGGCAUCGUGCCGUUGCUUUCAUCUUCACGCACACUCCAGACAAUAACUUUGCGCUUUCCGACAGAGGAUACUACGCCAGAUAGUAUCAAAGAUGAAUUACUGGAGCUCGGGAAUAGUCACAGCAUUCGAAUCGAAUUCGUCUAUCCACCGCCUGAGGCCCCAACCACAACGCCCGAGGAUCUGCUUCGUCUCUUGGAGCACUUCCGAAACUUGCAGCAACCCAUCGACCUUGUAUAUCAGGAGGAGGAGUAG